AUGCAAACAUCCCAACGUCGAAAAUUGAAAAAUCCACAAAAUAGGAGAUUGAAAAAUAUUUUGAUGUUUGUAACAAAUUAUCUGAGUCUAUCAAAUAACAUAAAAGCUUAUUGGGAUUUAAGUCUUCCAUAUCUGAUGACACAUAAGAAGCGCAGUUUCAUUCACAUCUUUUCCUAUUCUCACUCCUAUAUUUCAACACUGAUCCUGUUUACAAUUGUUUCAUGUUCAGCGGUGAAACUUUAUGUUGAACAACAAUUUAUUAAAAUUUCUCAUAACGAAUGGCAAAUUUAA